GCCCCGCACUCGCGGCGCAAACUUGCGGGCUGGGCUCGCCCGUGCGGUGCGGCAGGGCGGUGGGCGCCGGGAGCCGUGCGGCCCCCUCGGCCCUCGGCCCGCGCUCCCGGCGCUCGCGCCCCUCCCGCGCCGCCCGGCUCCCCGUGCCAGGCUCGCACGCUCUCAUUUUCUCCCCGCCGCUGCCGCCGCCGCCGCCGCCACCACCGUCAGGUGCCCGCACCCCGGCCGGCUGUGCUCGCUCCCCAGCCCCGAGCCUCGGCGCACGCAGCGCCCCGCACUGCCUCGCCCGCGCUCUUGGGCUCCGCGGUGGUGGCGGCGGCGGCAGCAGCAGCAGCACGGGCACCGUGGCGGCCGCUCCCAGCUCCAGCUUCCCGGGAGCAGCCGCCGAGCGCCACCGCUCGCUGCUCCGAGGCUCCGGCCAAAGCAGCCGCCAGCUCCUCCCCGCCGCGCCCGGGACCGCCGGCGGCUCGGCGCCCGGUUUGGUCCGCAGCGUCAGCGCCGCCCGCCGCGGCCCGGGCUCCCGGCACCGCGAGCAGCUAAGGGCUGGCCGCCGCCUCCCUGCGCUCCCCGGGCGCAGGCGACCCCUGGCCACGGCGUUCACCUCGCCGAUGCGCGGUUGGUAGGAGUGACCGGCGCUGUUUUCUCCUUGAUGCUAAGAUCCUCUACCAGGAUAGGAGUGUACCUCCUUUUCCACAGACAGACACAGAAAUCUGGCCUUCAGGACAUGGGGACAAGGAUCUGAGAUCUCCUGUAGCUCCAACCACUGGCUAUCAUCAGUGGGCUUGGCCUGUGUGGACCGCUGAGCUCGACUCAAGUAUCAAAGCGGAGGAGGGGAGAUCUCUCUGGAAUGGGUCACCUCAUCGUCCCUCAUUGGUCAUCCUGCUGCUGAAGCCACUCUGUUCAUGUAUACCCAGAUCAUGGGACCCAGGGCCUGCUAGUGCUAGGAGUGGGGCCCACUAUUCAUGGGUCUCUAGGCCUUUCCGAAAUGUCCGGGAAGGGAGGCUGGGCCUGGUGGUGGGCUCGGCUGCCCCUCUGCCUACUCCUCAGCCUUUAUGGCCCCUGGGUACCUUCCUCCCUAGGAAAGCCCAAGGGCCACCCCCACAUGAAUUCUAUCCGCAUAGAUGGAGACAUCACACUGGGAGGCCUGUUUCCGGUCCACGGCCGUGGCUCCGAGGGCAAGGCCUGCGGGGAGCUGAAGAAGGAGAAGGGUAUUCACAGACUGGAGGCCAUGCUCUUUGCCCUGGACCGCAUCAACAACGACCCGGACCUACUGCCCAACAUCACGUUGGGCGCCCGCAUCCUGGACACCUGCUCGAGGGACACCCACGCCUUGGAGCAGUCACUCACCUUUGUGCAGGCGCUCAUCGAGAAGGAUGGCACGGAGGUCCGUUGUGGCAGCGGGGGCCCACCCAUCAUCACCAAGCCUGAACGAGUGGUGGGUGUCAUCGGAGCUUCGGGGAGCUCUGUCUCCAUCAUGGUGGCUAACAUCCUCCGACUCUUCAAGAUCCCCCAGAUCAGCUAUGCCUCCACGGCUCCUGACUUGAGUGACAACAGCCGCUACGACUUCUUCUCCCGGGUGGUGCCCUCAGACACAUACCAGGCCCAGGCCAUGGUGGAUAUCGUCCGGGCCCUCAAGUGGAACUAUGUGUCCACGCUGGCCUCAGAGGGCAGCUACGGAGAGAGCGGCGUGGAGGCCUUUAUCCAGAAGUCCCGAGAGAACGGAGGCGUGUGCAUUGCCCAGUCGGUGAAGAUUCCACGGGAACCCAAGACCGGGGAGUUUGACAAGAUCAUCAAACGCCUACUGGAAACAUCCAAUGCCAGGGCCAUCAUCAUCUUUGCCAACGAGGAUGACAUCAGGAGGGUGCUGGAGGCAGCGCGCAGGGCCAACCAGACCGGCCACUUCUUUUGGAUGGGUUCCGACAGCUGGGGCUCCAAGAGCGCCCCCGUGCUGCGCCUUGAGGAAGUGGCUGAGGGCGCAGUCACCAUUCUCCCCAAGAGGAUGUCCGUUCGAGGGUUCGACCGAUACUUCUCCAGCCGCACGCUCGACAACAACAGGCGCAACAUCUGGUUUGCCGAGUUCUGGGAGGACAACUUCCAUUGCAAGUUGAGCCGCCACGCGCUCAAGAAGGGAAGCCACAUCAAGAAGUGCACCAACAGAGAGCGCAUCGGACAGGACUCGGCCUAUGAACAGGAGGGGAAGGUGCAGUUCGUGAUUGAUGCUGUGUACGCCAUGGGCCACGCGCUGCAUGCCAUGCAUCGUGACCUGUGUCCCGGCCGUGUAGGACUCUGCCCUCGCAUGGACCCCGUGGACGGCACCCAGCUGCUUAAGUACAUCAGAAAUGUCAACUUCUCAGGCAUUGCAGGGAACCCUGUGACCUUCAACGAGAAUGGAGACGCGCCGGGACGCUAUGACAUCUACCAGUACCAACUGCGUAACGGCUCAGCUGAGUACAAGGUCAUCGGCUCAUGGACGGACCACCUGCACCUCAGAAUAGAGAGGAUGCAGUGGCCAGGGAGUGGCCAGCAGCUGCCGAGAUCCAUCUGCAGUCUGCCCUGCCAGCCGGGCGAGCGGAAGAAGACAGUGAAGGGCAUGGCUUGCUGCUGGCACUGUGAGCCCUGCACCGGGUACCAGUACCAGGUGGACCGCUACACCUGUAAGACCUGCCCCUACGACAUGCGGCCCACGCAGAACCGCACGAGCUGCCAGCCCAUCCCCAUUGUCAAGUUGGAGUGGGACUCGCCCUGGGCUGUGCUACCUCUCUUCCUGGCUGUGGUGGGCAUCGCCGCCACGUUGUUCGUGGUGGUCACCUUUGUGCGCUACAACGAUACCCCCAUCGUCAAGGCCUCAGGCCGGGAGCUGAGCUAUGUGCUGCUGGCGGGCAUCUUUCUGUGUUAUGCCACCACCUUCCUCAUGAUCGCGGAGCCAGACCUGGGGACCUGUUCACUCCGCCGCAUCUUCCUGGGACUCGGAAUGAGCAUCAGCUACGCGGCCCUGCUGACCAAGACCAACCGCAUUUACCGCAUCUUCGAGCAGGGCAAGCGGUCGGUCAGCGCCCCGCGGUUCAUCAGCCCGGCUUCCCAGCUGGCCAUCACCUUCAUCCUCAUCUCCCUGCAGCUGCUUGGCAUCUGUGUGUGGUUUGUCGUGGACCCCUCCCACUCAGUGGUGGACUUCCAGGACCAACGGACACUUGACCCCCGCUUUGCCAGGGGCGUGCUCAAGUGUGACAUCUCGGACCUGUCACUCAUCUGCCUGCUGGGCUACAGCAUGCUGCUGAUGGUCACGUGUACUGUGUACGCCAUCAAGACCCGAGGCGUGCCUGAGACCUUCAAUGAGGCCAAGCCCAUUGGCUUCACUAUGUACACCACCUGCAUUGUCUGGCUGGCCUUCAUCCCCAUCUUUUUUGGCACCUCGCAGUCGGCCGACAAGCUGUACAUCCAGACAACCACACUGACGGUCUCUGUGAGUCUGAGCGCUUCAGUGUCCCUGGGGAUGCUCUACAUGCCCAAAGUCUACAUCAUCCUCUUCCACCCGGAGCAGAACGUGCCCAAGCGCAAGCGCAGCCUCAAAGCCGUGGUCACCGCCGCCACCAUGUCCAACAAGUUCACACAGAAGGGCAACUUCAGGCCCAAUGGGGAAGCCAAGUCAGAGCUGUGUGAGAACCUGGAGGCCCCAGCACUGGCCACCAAACAGACCUAUGUCACUUACACCAAUCAUGCAAUCUAGCGGGCUGCCGGAGCCAAGCAGGCUGAAGAACCACAACCUCUGAGGAUGGUGCAUCCGGCCAGGGCCAUUCCUGAGGGCCCUGCUGACGUCUGCCUGCCUCGUGGACAUCCACGAAUGUGGCUUGGUGCUGAGGACAGUAGAAGCCCCGGCCAUCACUGCUGGGCAAGCCAUGGUGGGCAACCGGAGGAGGCUGAGUGGCUCGGGCAGCUCCAGGUUGUGCCACACAGACCUUCCUUCUGGACGAUGUUGUGCCCCGCCCCAAAGCACAGAGGCUCGGUCUCGAGAGCCCUGCCCUGGCGUUUUCUCCCUCCUUCUGCCUCCGUCUGUCUUGUUGGUGACCCUGGUUGGUCCCCACCCCGUCUUUGCGUUUUUCUUCUGUCUCUGCUCUGCAUGUGUUGUCCGUUUGGGCUCUCUGCUUCCGUAUUUUCCUUUCCGCUGCUCCCGCCCUUCCCUGCCAUCUGCCCUGGCCCCUCCCCCCUGUUCCCUGAGUUGCCCGCCCCCACCACGUCAUUUUCUCUUCUCUUCUGUCCCACAGGACCUCAUUUCAUUCCAGCCUCACCCUCACCCCCCCUGCUUCAUCCACCAACUCUUUCACAUCGCAAAAGAGAAAAAAAAAGGGGGGGGGAUCAAAACCAAAAAAAAAAAAAAAAAAAAAAAAAAAAAAAGCCCAAACAAAAACUAAUCUUGAGUGUGUUUCGAAGUGCUGCGUCCUCCUGGUGGCCUGUGUGUCCCUGUGGCCUGCAGCCUGCUCGCCCGCCCUACCCGUCUGCUGUGUGUCCUGCCCGCCUGCCAGCCUUGCCCUUCCUGCCAACGACACGGAGUACAGUGCCUGGGUGUUUGGUGAUGGUCUCUGAUGUGUAUGUAGCAUGACUGUUUUUAUACCGAGAACAUUUCUAAUAAAGAUAAACACAUGGUUUUGCA